AUGGGGCCUUUCAGCGCAUUCCUCCUCGUCUACGUUCUUGGUGGGCUUACCUUCAUCCCGCUGCUGCUCAGCUUGCUCGUCCUCCACGCAUACCUCACCCUCCCAGGCUCGUCAGAUAGGGACAAGGAAGAAUCUGUUGACCCCGGCGGCCUUGUACGGAAGGGGGAUGAUGAAUACAGCCUCAAUUCUCGCACGGCGGAGCUGGCGGAGAAGUUUCAGCGAGCUCGAGAGGCGGACGUAGCGGCUGGUUACUUUGCCGUGUGCAGAGAAUAUGUCCCUGGAGGAGUGAACGGGAAGCCGCCGGAGCGGACGACUCCUGCUGGAGAGGUUAUCGCGACAGAGAGUCCCAGUGUCUAUCAGAGUGUCUAUCGAAGUAUCUUCGACCGGAGACAGGCACCGACUCUCGAUGCGAGUAAGGCUAAUGGAAGGAAUGUCCGGAAGGCCAGGAAUGUCUUUUAUGUUAUCUUACGUCAUGGCCAUCUCAUGCUAUACGACGAUGCCGAGCAGAUCGAGGUUCGAUACGUGAUAUCUCUAGCACACCAUAACGUCAGCAUAUACGGUGGCGGCGAGCCCAUCCCUGAAGGAGAGCUCUGGAUCAAGCGUAAUGCAAUCUGUCUGUCGAGAAAGGAUGAGGGCGAAAACAUACCGGGUCCCCGGCCUCCUACGCUGCCCUUCUACCUGUUUUCCGAGAACCUAUCCGAAAAGGAAGACUUUUACUUUGCCAUCUUGAAUAACCUGGACAGGAUUCCGGGCUCAAAUGACUCCCCCCCUACGCCCCGACAGUUCGCUACGCAGGAUAUGGUGACCCUUGUCCAGCGCCUGCACUCGUCGGAGGAGCACCUUCAGACCCGCUGGUUCAAUGCCUUGAUCGGUAGGCUCUUCCUGGCCCUAUACAAGACCCCAGAACUAGAACAGUUCGUUCGAAACAAAAUAACCAAGAAGAUCUCGAGGGUGAACAAGCCAAACUUCAUCACGAAGCUCGAGCUUCAGACUAUCCAUUCCGGCGAAGGCGCACCCCUCAUCACCAACCCACGCCUGAAAGAUCUUACCGUGAACGGCGACUGUUGCAUCGAGGCCGAUAUCAACUACAGUGGGAAUUUCCGUGUAGAAAUCGCAGCCACAGCCCGCAUUGAUCUUGGGACGAGGUUCAAACCACGAGAGGUCGACAUGGUCCUGGCAGUGGUGCUGAAAAAGCUCAAGGGUCAUAUUCUACUGCGCUUCAAACCUCCUCCAAGCAAUCGGUUAUGGAUCUCGUUUGACACGAUGCCUGCCAUGGAGAUGAUGAUAGAACCGAUUGUCAGUUCAAGGCAGAUCACAUACGGCAUCAUUCUGAGAGCGAUUGAAAGUAGGAUCAGGGAAGUUGUUGCGGAAACUCUGGUCCAGCCGUUCUGGGACGAUAUCCCGUUCCUGGAUACAGAGGAGCAGCAUUUCCGUGGUGGCAUAUGGGAAGAGACCCGUAAAGCUGAACCAGCGGCCGCGGACAUCGAUACAGACAAAGACUCUGAUAAGAAGUCUGAGAAGACCUCAGAGAAGUCUCCGGAGAAGCCUCCGGAGACCCUGGAGAAUGAAGAACCAGCAGGCACUGGCACCCCCGAACCCUUGAAAGAACAGAACACCACGGAUGAGCAAGAGACUCCCACCGUGGCUACUGACGCUCCGCCCCAGGAGACUCUGUACCAGGCCUUUGCAAACUCGUUGAGCGAGAAAGAAGAGUCGGAAAUGCUGGAAACGCAGGAGACGGACUUCCGCCCUUCUUCGCUGCCAGACAUCCCAGAGAAGGCAGCCCAUAGCGCCGCGAAACAUCGAUCUACCCGCUCUCUGUCCUUCUCACCCGCAACCUCAGGCUCUUCCAUAUUCUCAGUAGCGGUGUCCACCCCUCAGCAAGAUGAUACCAAGGAGUCGCACAUUCCCACGCCAGAAUCCAGCAAUUUGGCGGCCCCUCCUUUAUCGAGGUCCCACUCUGAUCAUGGAACCGACCCGGCCUCUACCAGCGACAGCAGAGCCAGCAGAAGCAACUCCCUACUUGCUGAAAGCAUCAAAUCUUCCAAGAGUGCUUCUGCAUCUCCCAACCCGGCCCCUGGCUCAUUCGAGCCACGUCAAGCGAUGCUGUCUAUUGGAAGCGCUGCUGCAGCUGCUAAAAAAUGGGGGCUAAGCGUUCUCACCCGCCAUGACCAGGGUCCCAGACCUGGUGAAGUCCCUGACCAUCCCGUUGGUCGAGGCCGUCCUCUUCCGCCCCCGGGUACACCACUUCCGUCCCCUGGAAGAUUCCCCUUUGGCUCCAUAACGAUGCCCAAACGCAAACCCGUCGCUCCAUCCGUGGUACCAGAACGGCCUCCGCUAUCACCUGAGCCUUCACGGCCUGCGUCCAAGACACAGACACCCAAACGACACGAUACAUCGGUGGAUAACGACCCGAAGAGCCAGGAGCUACUCGUUAUCAAGGCGCCGGUUGGCUCAGAGCCAAGCAGUCCCUCGAAAGAGAACCAUGACUUUGGAGGCAUGGUGGACGAGAGUGACGAUGUGCCGGAUGCAUGGUCAAACGAAGUGCUCAUGGACUUCCAGGAUUCCUCGUUCUCUGCAGCGGAGGCCAUCUCUUCUCCUUCAGAGCUGUCUGUACAUCGACCAUCCAAACGGCUCGAUGAAAUAAAAUUCGAUUAG